AUGGACUAUAAUAGGAUGAACUCCUUCCUAGAGUACCCACUCUGUAACCGGGGACCCAGCGCCUACAGCGCCCACAACGCUCCUACCCCCUUCCCCUCUUGCUCGGCUCCCGUCGUUGACAAUUAUGCAGGAGAGGCCCGCUAUGGCGGGGGGCUGCCCAGUCCCGGGCUCCAGCAAAAUCCCGGCUACCCGACGCAGCAACCGCCUUCAGCACUGGGGGUGUCGUUCCCCAGUUCCGCGCCGUCGGGGUACGCCCCGGCUGCCUGCAGCCCCAGCUAUGGGCCUUCUCAGUACUACCCUAUGGGCCAACCUGAAGGAGACGGAGGCUACUUUCACUCAUCAAGCUACGGGGUCCAGGUAGGAGGUUUGUCCGACGGCUACGGAGCUGGGGGAGCUGGCCCGGGGCCGUACCCUCCGCCGCAGCCUCCUUACGGGAAUGAGCAGACAGCAAGCUUUGCGCCGGCCUAUGCAGAUCUUCUCUCUGAGGAAAAGGAGCCGCCCUGUCGCUCAGAAUCCAGCCCCUCUACGGCGCGGACCUUCGACUGGAUGAAAGUCAAAAGGAAUCCACCCAAGACAGCCAAGGUGUCGGAACUGGGUCUGGGCUCUCCUGGAGGCCUCCGCACCAACUUCACUACGCGGCAGUUGACUGAGUUGGAGAAGGAGUUCCAUUUCAACAAGUACCUGAGCCGGGCCCGGCGGGUGGAGAUCGCCGCUACCCUGGAGCUCAACGAGACACAGGUCAAGAUUUGGUUCCAGAACCGGCGCAUGAAGCAGAAGAAGCGAGAGCGGGAGGGAGGCCGGGCGCCCCCAGCCCCACAGGGCUGCUCCAAAGAGGUGGUGGGAGACGCCUCGGACCAGUCGGCCUGCACCUCUCCGGAAGCUUCACCCAGCUCCAUCACCUCUUGA